AUGGCUUUUCCAUUGGGUGCAGUGAUGGAUGGCUUGUGGAGCACGUGGCAGAGUGAGAGUCACACCAGGGUUGUCCGCUGGCUCAGCAGGCAGCAAAGCCCCUAUGGAGGCUUUGCCUCUGUACAGGACACUGUGGUGGCCCUGCAAGUCCCGGCCAAGUAUGCUGCUCUGACAUACAGCAGCCAAAGGGACUUCACUGUGAUGCCAUCUGGCUACCUCACAGACAAGAGCUCCAUGGUGGAAUUGUAAAGGCAAAAGCUGGUGAAGAAGGUGGAGGUGCAGCCUGAUCAGGUGACGAUUUACCUUGACCAGCUGACAAAGGAGGAGGAGACCUUCACUUUCACCACCACCCAGCACUUCCCAGUGAGGAACCUUCAGUUGGCCGCUGUGAUGCUGUAUGACUACUAUGAGAUGGGUGACCACAUGGACACUGCCUACAGUGCACCGUGCAGCUCAGGGUCCCACACCUAG